UUGGGCUAGAGCGGAAGUGGUAGCAGGAGCGGAAGUGGAGCUGCAGCCACCGCCGCCGCUGCUGAUUCCCGAGCCCGGUAGCCGCCGCCACAGCCGCCACCGCCACCGUCGCCACUGCAGCCUCUGCAGCCACGGUCGCCGCCGCCUGAGGAGUGGGCUUUGGAAGGACGCGGCCGCCACCCUCAGCUUCGCCGGAAGCGCUGUGCCCUGCAGCCCUCCACGGGAAUGACCAUGGACAAAAGUGAGCUGGUACAGAAAGCCAAACUUGCUGAGCAGGCUGAGCGCUAUGAUGACAUGGCCGCAGCCAUGAAGGCAGUUACAGAGCAGGGACAUGAACUCUCCAACGAAGAGAGAAAUCUACUCUCUGUUGCCUACAAGAAUGUGGUAGGUGCCCGUCGCUCUUCCUGGCGCGUCAUCUCCAGCAUUGAACAGAAGACAGAAAGGAAUGAGAAGAAGCAGCAGAUGGGCAAAGAAUACCGUGAGAAGAUCGAGGCCGAGCUCCAGGACAUCUGCAACGACGUGCUGGAGCUGUUGGACAAGUAUCUUAUUCCCAAUGCUACACAACCAGAAAGUAAGGUGUUCUACUUAAAAAUGAAAGGAGACUAUUUCAGGUAUCUCUCUGAGGUGGCAUCUGGAGAUAAUAAACAAACCACUGUGUCGAACUCCCAGCAGGCUUACCAAGAAGCGUUUGAAAUUAGUAAGAAAGAAAUGCAGCCUACACACCCAAUUCGGCUUGGCCUGGCACUGAAUUUCUCAGUCUUUUACUAUGAGAUUCUAAACUCUCCAGAAAAGGCCUGCAGCCUAGCAAAAACGGCAUUUGAUGAAGCGAUUGCGGAAUUGGAUACACUGAAUGAAGAGUCUUACAAAGACAGCACCCUGAUCAUGCAGCUGCUUAGGGACAAUCUCACUCUGUGGACAUCAGAAAACCAGGGAGACGAAGGAGAUGCUGGGGAGGGGGAGAACUAAUUUCUAUCGUGCUUUGUGAUCUGUUUGGUGUCACUCUGUACCCUCCACAUUAUAUCCCUUUGUGCGAUUAAAAAAAAAAAAAUUGAGCAUUGACUUUCGAUUUUUCACAGCCUCAACCUAGCAAAAAUGCUCCCUGAGAUAAACAGCUGGUACUUGUAUCUAAAACUCAGACUGGUCAUAAUGUGCCACGGCAUUCUGAAGUCUUGAUUUUGAUCAACAUUGAUAAGGAUUACUGUGUGUUUAAUUCUUUAAAACUGAACACUGUGAUUAUGGGGUUUUGUAACUUAGCAGAACUCUUCCUGGUGAGAAAAAUAGACCUGGAUUAUGUGUAACUUUUUGGAAAGUUUAAUCUGAUAUCAAAAUAGUCACUGAAAUACAAUUCUGUUAUAAAGUUGUACAGAUCUGUUUCAGAGAUAGUAUUAUGAUGCUGGGACUUGGAGUGAGACACCAUUUGGCAUCUGAGUUUAAUGGUAAUUCACAGCAAUUCUGCCUGUGGUUGAGGGCUUACAGACACUUGACCAUUUGGAGCUGUUGCUACUCAAAAGUUCAAGACCACAAAUGUCUACAAGUGCCGUCCUCUGGGAAAACAAAGUAAAAUUCUUUGUGGCAGAUAACUGAGCUGUGCUCAUACAACAUGUGUGACUAAAAACCCCCUUCCUCCAGCAGUGUGUGACUGACUGACUGCAGCUUGUGAAAGCAGAGGGCCUGUUGCCCCUAGCUGGAGGAGAAAGAAAAGGAGGCUGUGUGUCUUAUGAAUGGCCGUAUUUGGUUUCUGGAUAAUACCUUUAAGAUUAAUGUUGUAUAGAGGCAGCCUCUCACUUGAGGGGUGCUCAGUCUUUGGGUUCUUCCUAGCUUAGAGAAUGUAAAUUUCGAAAUUGAACGUUCUUUCUGCCCUUACUGUUGUCUUUGGUUUUCUCUUCCCUCUGAACUAACAGUCUUCUACUCCCUUACAUUCUUUUUUUUCGGAGACCUUUUGUCAUCUGUUGGUUUUGCUGUGUGGGCUGUGGUAAGAAUGUAAGCACAUGGGUGAGCUCGCCUUGCCUCAGAUGUUGAGAAGAGCUUCCUGUUCCAUCUCCCUGUCUUCCUCAGUUCUCAGCACAGUUGAUGGUCUUCAUUCAUACCAUGAGUUGAAUCAGAAAGUAUUUUUAAGUAUCUUAAGAUUUUUCCCUGAAUUGCAAGCAACCCUGAUAAUGCUUAUUAGUGCCUGUCACAAGAUCUCCCCCCUGUGCUUAUCCAGUCCAGCUUCUAGAUGUGUCUAAACAAGACCCUGUAACACAGGGACGUUACAUGGACUCUACAACAGAGAGAAGCAGAAACAGCCAGGCCCGUCGGUCUCUCACUUCACCCUCUUUGACAUUCUAUGUAGUUGUAGAGUAGAUCUGUUUGUCUACCUGCUGAAAUGAGAAAAGAAUUCAUGCACUGAUUUAAAACCAAAAGGAAAAAACACACAAAAAAAGUCCCUCCUUUUUAGCUGAACAAAAAUGUGCAGUUAAUACUUGGCGCUUGAAAAUGCAGUAGUGAAUGUGGAACUAAACCUGUCUGUGUGUCUGGUAGCUCUUUGCCUCGUUUUCCUUACCAGUGUUCUGCCUAAAGUUUGCUUCUGUGAUGGUUCUGUUGCCCAGCAAGCACACUUGUGGUUGUGAAAAUAAUAGUAUAGCGAGAAAAAAAGAAAAAAGAGGACUUCAGUUACAGAUGUGCUGGAUAUGUGUCUUUCAGCAGCUCUGGUGUCACCUUACACAGAAUAAUCAGGAAAAUGUAAAACUCAAAAGCGAAAUAAAAGAUUUUAUCAGUUGUUUGUGGAUUGAUGUGUCCCCACCAUCUCUAACAAAAAUUAUUCUGAUCAUUAUUUAUCUUAGACUCUACUGCAAACAGUUUUACUUCAUCCUUUAGAACCAGAAGUGAAGAUGUGUUUGUGUGGCCGCCUCUCGGGUUGGAAAUAAUCAUUGCCAUCUUGAGUCAGAGCGGCUGUGGUCAUCUGUGCAAGAUCCCCACCAUAGUGGGCCUGUUUUUCUGUGGGUGCGGACACCGAUGGCUGGCACUGCUGGUGGUAUUGGCUGCCUGUAAGUGGUGCAGGGAAUUUGCCAGUGCUGCAGCUGCCUUUGAAUCACCUGUGCUCCUUCCUGUAAGAAACCCCAAUAAAGCUUAACUGGUUUGCCAAA